CGCUAAUGACGGCAGACACAAAUCUUUGCUCACUUUAUACCAAACAUAUUGUCUAGAAACAUUUGUGACAAGGUACGUCUAAAAAGAAAACAGUUUUUUGUAGAAAAAAUAUAUGUACAAUGACGUUUUUGUAUUGAGAUAAAGCUGUAAGUGUGGAUGUAUCUACAAUGCCGUAACUUGUGAAUUGUGAUUCAUUUUCAAAUUGAAUAGUCAAUAAACAUUGUUGCUAUCGGAGUCAACCGGAAUUGCCAGAAAACUCUGGAAAAGUCGAAAAGAUAUCAUGAGCAGUUCGAGGUCUCAGGGAUAUAAAAGAUAUUUAGAGCCGGGAUCAGAAGAACCAAUUCCACCAUCCUCUUCGUUCCGAUAUAAAAAAUUAUGUACACAGCAGAACGCAGCAGAAUCUUCUUCAAAUUCAAUUCAUUUGAAUGAAGAAAAUGAUGCGGAAAAGUUUUAUGAAGCCCAAGGUGAAUAUGCGAUUUCGGAGAUUGAUCAUUGUGACAUAACGGAUCAAUGCAUGGCCCUUAAUGAAGAAAAUAAUUCGAAGGAACAGUUUCAGGAAACUUUGCUUAUUCAUCUACAUCCACUUAGGGACGGUCAACGCAAUGAGAAGUAG